GUUGCCAAAGAGAGACGGCAACUCAGUCUGGUUUUAAAUUCUGGUUUGGACCGUGGACCGUGAGCUUGCAAAAGAACAAAGACUGCAUUUAGUGGCACAUGAACAAUAGUAAUACUUGGAUUUUUUUGCAAAACAAAGAAUGCAUAUUUGAUAUUUCUUUAUAUUCUGAUGUUUCUCAUUGUGCUCUUUGUUCUUUGUGUAUAUUUUAUGAUAUGCUUUGCUGUAGAUGGAAUGCAGACAGAUAGUAUGCACAGCAUGCAACAGUUAUGCCUGCACUACACUGAGCAAAUAUGAACGUGAGUGUUCAUGCAGCCAUGCCAAAACUAAUCUGCAUUUCCUCUGGUUUUAUGUUGAAACAAUGCCAAAGUAAAGGUUAAAGUCCCAGGGCUCUUACCUUUUGUGACACAGCUCUUAACCCCAAAGCAGUUGCCAUGCAACUCAAACUCCAAAUCAAAAGGAAUUACUUCAACCUCUACUGGUCUUUCACAGUUGCAUUUUCAGUGCCAGGAUGUGGCUGACUCUUCUUUACAGCUGUGCCGGCGGGGCAGCUCUUUUGUAUGCACUGUACAGAUGGGUGAUUCCCACUGUUGUGCAGUAUCACGCAGGACUGGCGCUGAUUUGGCACAUCGCGAUUGUGGAGCGAAUGCUGGACACACUGACCCAGUCCACACGUCCUCAGCGGAUCCUAGCUGCAGUAAAGAAAAACGCCACUAGAGGAGACCCUCGCAGCGUGGUCAAAGCCAUCGAUCAGUUCUGCAGGCAGAGGGAGUGGGCCAUGAAUGUGGGGGAUGAGAAAGGCUGUAUCCUUGACGCAGUUGUGUCUGAGGUAAACCCAGCCACAGUGCUGGAGCUGGGGACCUACUGUGGCUACUCCACGGUGCGGAUCGCCAGCCUGCUGCCACCUCAUGCCAAACUCAUCACUCUCGAAUUUAACCCGGCCGCUGCUGCGAUCGCUCGUCAGGUCAUUUCUUGGGCAGGAGUAGAAAACAAGGUCCAGUUAGUUGAGGGAGCGUCUGGUGACUUGAUCCCCAAAAUGAAGGAGCAGUUUGGGGUGCAAACGUUUGAUUUGGUGUUCUUGGAUCACUGGAAAGAUCGCUACCUUCCUGACACAAAGCUGAUGGAGGAGUGUGGCCUCCUCAGAAAAGGGAGCAUCUUGCUGGCGGAUAACGUCAUCUGCCCCGGGACGCCUGACUACCUUGAGUACAUUCGUAACAGUCCACGAUAUGAAAGCCAGUACUUCAAAUCUCACCUGGAGUACACCAAAGUGGAGGACGGCUUGGAGAAAUCUGUCUUCUUAGGAUAGUUCUGAGCAGAAAGUGUCAUGUUUUAGACAGGUUAUAGUCAGCAUCAGACCUUCAUUGUCAUGGAUUUACUUCUGCUGUGUUGAUUUUAAAUAAUGACGUGAGAGGAAAAUCUUUUGUUGUGUGCUUUAUACCAUUUUCUCUUUUACUUCAUUUUAACAGUGCCACAUAAUAAAAACACAAAACAUUG